AUGGGUCGCUGCACACCUUGCCAAAACUCGAACUCCGUCUGUUUCGUCCUCGAUGGCUGCAGCAAGUGUUCAUCCUGCACAAAGAAGGGCGUGAAGUAUUGCGACGGCACUUUUUCGGAUGAAGAGUUUGACUCCCUGACUGCUCAACGAAAUCGCCUCGUCGAGGCGGCCCGCCAAAAGGGCGCAGAGCUGGCCCAACUGAUUGCCGCCGUCAAUAAGGCUCACUCUAAACGCGAGCGUCUUCAGCGUGAGGCCGACCUGUUGUUGGAAAAGCAGAAGCAGAUGCUGGUGCGGGAGGCCGAAUCGCUGGAUGCUUUAGAUCACGUGGAUCCUCCCGAAAAAGCGUCAGCCACCGUUUUUAUUGGCAUGGAUGACAAACAACUCGAGGAGAUGUUUGAGUUAUCACCGGGGGCCCUUCUAAACUUCGAAGGCCCCAUCUCGAUUGACCGCCCCUCAUAG